ACGAUGAGCAAUACUUCAGAAAACAGCCCAAUUGAGAGAGAAAAUGCAGACGCCCAAUCUGUAGCGGGCUCUAACACUUCACCAGCUCAGGCUAUUCCACCUACAGCGCCAUUGAACGUCAACAAGGAAGCUCAACAAGUCAGCAACGUCGUUAGAAAGAAGUUGAGCGGAUUCGUCGGUUUCGCCAAUUUACCAAACCAAGUACACCGCAAGAGUGUUCGCAAGGGUUUCUCAUUCACCUGCAUGGUUGUUGGUGAAUCUGGUCUCGGUAAAUCAACUUUAGUCAACACCCUCUUCGAGACAAGCUUAUACCAGCCAAAGACACUCCCAGAACUUGGCUCCGAAUCAGCCUCUACCGUUGGAAUAGAGAACAUUUCAGCUGAUAUUGAAGAGAAUGGCGUUAGAUUAAAGCUCACCGUUGUUGAUACCCCUGGUUUCGGUGACUUUGUCAACAAUGACAGCUCAUGGGACCCUAUCGUCACUUCAAUUGAAUCUAGAUUCGAUCAAUUCCUCGAGCAAGAGAACAGAGUAAACAGAGCAAAGCUCAAUGACAACAGAGUUAACGCUUGUAUCUACUUCAUUCAACCAACUGGUCACUCCUUGCGUCAAGUUGACAUCGAAUUCAUGAGAAGAUUACACACAAAGGUCAACCUCAUCCCAGUUAUCGCAAAGUCUGACACUCUCAGCGAAGAAGAAGUCGAGUCAUUCAAGAGACGUAUUUUGUCUGACAUUGAACACCACAAUAUCCAAAUUUUCAAGUCACCUGUCUAUGAGCAAGAGGAUGAAGAGACUAUACAAGAGAACCAAGAAAUUGAAUCAAAGAUACCAUUCGCUAUAGUCGGAUCAACUCAAACUAUUCAGACACCAGACGGCAGGAACGUCAGAGGUAGAUCAUACCCAUGGGGCGUUGUCGAAGUUGACAAUGAAGAACAUUGCGAUUUCGUAAAAUUAAGACAAAUGAUUAUUAGAACCCAUAUGGAAGAACUCAAGGAAUCAACUAACGUACUUUACGAGAACUACAGAUCUGAAAAACUUCUCGCUAUGGGUGUUCAACAAGAUGCAUCAGUCUUCAAGGAAGUAAACCCAACUGCUAAGGCAGUUGAAGAGAAAGCACUUCACGAUGCCAAAUUGAGUAAGAUGGAGGCAGAAAUGAAACUUGUUUUCCAACAAAAAGUCCAAGAGAAGGAAGCGAAACUGAGACAAUCAGAGGAAGAGCUCUACGCUAGACAUAGAGAAAUGAAGGAAUCACUCGAGAAGCAAAGACAAGAACUCGAAGACAAGAGGAGAAGGUUAGAAUCUGGUAGACCGUUGACACCAGAGAGAGGUGCGACACAAUCUACCCAGAAGAAGUCUAGAGGCUUCUUACGUUCAUAAGCCAACUAAUGAAUAAAUUUUUUUAAUCUUUUAUUUUGUAACUUUCUAAUUA